CCUCUGACUCCCGAGCCCGGGCUCUUUCCACCGAGCCGCGCUGCUUCUCUAACACUGGCUGUGAUUGGAGGAUCCCUGGCCAGAUCCCCAGGAACGCUGGCUGUGAUCGGAGGAUCCCCGGCAAGGUCUCCGGUGACACUGGUUGUGAUUGGAGGAUCCCUGGCAGUAUCUCCAAUAACACUGGCUGGAACCAGAUGUGACAAGAUAAUCGGGUUGGACACGAUCCAUGUCCCCGCUGGUGUUCUCGGUCUUAACCUCCUUUCUACAGAUGAGAGAACUGAGGCCCAGAGAAGUGAAGUGUGUCACCCGAGGUCACCCAGCUGAGGGGUGGCGGAGCCGGGAUUAGAACUCGGGUCCUCUGACACCCAGGCCCGGGCUCUAGCCACUAGUCCGCGGUGCUCCACGUGGGCAAGGAUGGCGUCUACCAACUCUCUGGUGGUGUCCUCCUCUCCCGAGCGUGUAGUGCAGCGUUCCGCUCCCAAUCGACGCUUCGGCGGACGCCGGCUUUCUGGGCUGGGUGAUCGCCGCGUUUAGCCUGGGCCAGAUGGUGGCCUCUCCCCUCUUCGGGCUGUGGUCGAAUCACAGGCCGAGAAAAGAGCCUCUCGUCGUGUCCAUCUCCAUCUCGGUGGCGGCCAACUGUCUGUACGCCUACGUCCACGCCCCUCCGUCCCACAACAAGUUCUACAUGCUGGCCGCCCGCGGCCUGGUGGGCUUUGGAGCCGGCAACGUGGCGGUGGUCCGCUCCUACAUCUCGGGGGCAACCUCACUCCAGGAGCGCACCGGCUCCAUGGCCAGCACCAGCGCCUGCCAAGCCCUCGGCUUCAUCCUGGGCCCGGCCAUUCAGACGUGCUUCUCCUUCGUCGGAGAAGAGGGCGUGACGUGGGCGGCCGUCGGGCUGCAGCUGAACAUGUACACGGCCCCCGUCCUCCUGGCCGCCCUCCUGGGCCUCCUCAACAUCCUCGUCGUCGUCGCCCUGCUACGAGAACACCGAGUGGACGACCUGGGCCGGCUGUGCAAGAGCGUUAACGUCGGAGCCGAGGGGACCCUUCCCGCCGCCGAGGAUCGGGACGCCCCGGGGCCGGUGGACCACGUGGCCGUGGUGGCCACCAACGUCCUUUUCUUCGUCAUCCUCUUCGUCUUCGCGCUCUUUGAGACGAUCGUGACGCCCCUGACCAUGGACAUGUACGCGUGGACCCGCGAGCGGGCCGUCUUCUACAACGGCCUCAUCCUGGCCGCCCUCGGAGUCGAAUCCGUCGCCGUCUUCCUCGGCGUCAAGGUCCUCUCCAGGAGGACGGGCGAGCGGGCGGUGCUGCUGGGCGGCCUCCUCCUCGUCCUGGCCGGAUUCUUCAUCCUGCUGCCUUGGGGGCACCGUCUUCCGGCCGUGCAGUGGGAAGACCUGCGCAACGGCUCCGCUCCCACCGGGCCGCCCGGAGAGCGGGCGGGCGCGGGGAGCCCCCGGGACGGCCGGGAGGCCACCGGCUGCCCGGCCGCCCAGGCCUGGUGCCUUUACACGCCGGUCGUCCACCUGGCCCAGUACCUGACGGCGGACGCGCUCGUCGGGCUGGGCUACCCCGCCUGCAACGUCAUGGCCUACACGCUCUACUCCAAGAUCCUGGGACCCAGCCCGCAGGGCGUGUACAUGGGCUGGCUGACGGCCUCCGGGAGCGGGGCCCGCGUGCUGGGCCCCGUGUUCGUCAGCCAGGUCUACACGGGGCUGGGCCCGCGCUGGGCCUUCGGGUCCGUGUGCGGCCUGCUGCUCCUGACGCUGGCCCUGCUGGCCGCCGUCCACCCCAGGCUCGUCGCCUUCUCCCUCCGACGGCGGACGGCCUAGGCCCCGGCUCCUCGGCCCCCCGCGGGAGCCCCCAGAGAGGCGAGCGGGGCGGGUCCCCGCCUCCCGUCCCCCUGCCCCGCCCCGCCCCGCCCCGACGGCGGGAGAGCCAGCUGUCCCCGAGCUGCGGGGAGGGCAGACGGGGCGGGGCACGCACGCCGCCCCGGACGCCGGGCAGCAGACCGGGGCGCCCGCUCCCCGGCGGGAGGCAGGGACGGACCGAUGGACGGGCGGGCGUCUCCUCCCCGAGGGGAGGCCGCCAGGAAACACUAGAGGCUCAGCACUUUAAGGGGCCGCCGGCGGAAGCCGAGCCCGGACCGCCCCGGGGGAGCCCCCGGCUCCGAGAGGGGACUCCCUCCCGGAUUCCCUCUUCGAUUACGAGCGUCUGCCUUAAAAUAAACACCUCCUCACGGAG